CGCAUCCCCUUCCUUCCCUCCCUCCAAACCCGCAUAAGUAUAGGCCAAAUUUUACUACACUCGUUCAUCUGUCUCGGUGACGGCGGACUCGCCCUUUCUGCUCAUCCACGUCGUCGCACUCCCCUCCGCCGCUGCUCCUCCCUUUUCGUCGGAAAUCGGGUUUGAUGAUUACUGUUGGAUUCGAUCUUGUUGUAUUUAAUUAUUUGGUUGCUGUUGUUGAUGUUUGGACAUACACCUUGAAGCUUUGAUUCCCGCUUGUUCAUAAGUGAAUAAUGGUUGUUUGUUGUCCUGGAAUAGGAUUUUAGGGCUGGAUUUCAUAGAUGAAUGAAAUGUUUACUUGAGCAUGUCUGUUAGUAUUGGUUGUAUACACAUAAUAGCAAUGGUGAAAAUGCUAAUGCUGUGUUAGUAUUCACAACUGAACUCGUUUCAUAUCUGAAAUUCUUUGUCUCUCAUAACAAUCAAUCGUUUGAACUGUCGCAAAUUGCUUAAAUUCUUUAUGAACUCGCUUCCAGAGUGCAGUAUGGCUCAUUUGUUAUCCUUAUUUGUCCUUCCUUCUCCAACCCUCCUGUGUCACGGCUACUCAUUCUAUCUCUUGUUAUAAAGGGACUCGAGUAACUAGCUAGUAUUCUGUACUCUGUAUCUUUCUCUUCCUGAUUCUGUAUAUAGCUUAUAGCUACGACAGAGAAGGACAACUUAGUUAUUACAGCUAACUUAACUUGGUAGAGUUUGCAAAUUGUAAGUUACUAGACAUCUAAGAUCAUAUUUAUAAUGAUUUAAAUUCUUAUGAUGUAGAGGAAGCUGUUUGAAUGUUAUAUGCUCAUGAUUAAAUCACUUGUCUCUUUCUUAAUUCAUUUGUUUUUAUAUUCAUAAUCCAUAUUUUCAUUCAAACACUUGAUUUCAACCUUUUGCAUUGCUUAUGUGUGGCUUCUCACGUGUAGGGCAUAUGCUAUUACUGUUUUCAUUUUUCCGCUUCAUAUAUCGCUUGAUUUAUGAAGAAAAAACGCUACAUAAUGCAUUGUAGGCUAACACUAAAUAAACUAAAUCAAUACAUGCUGUACUACAUUUAGUCCGCUUGUCCAAUAUUUUGAAUGAAGGAGAUAAAGAAAAAACACAAUAAAGCCGUCAAACCCACUCAGAAGCAUUAUGAGGUGAACUCCCUAUGGUCUAAGGGCGUGGACAUCCUUGACAUACUUGCGUCUAAGGUCAACCCCUCUCUUGUAUCCUACCACUCAAUUGUCCAUAAAAUACUUAUCCCCGUGUCAACUUUGGUUGACCUCUACCUUUCCUUGCACUCUUUUCUUGGUACAUGUUAUCUCUUCAAAUCAGUGCAAUAAAAGGUUCACGUUGGACUAGAACUAGUCAAGCGGUGUUUGCUUACUAGGGGUGUUUGAGCAUCCAAUUUUCUGUAUAAAAUAGUGAUUACUGCAUUUUUCUCUUCCCUACCAGCAUUGCUAAAGUUGCACUUCAUGCUCUUCUGUUUUGUUGUUGCUUAAUUUAAAACAUCUAGAUUCCAGUGUUUCCUCUUUCAUACUGACAGUGCUGAAGUUGUACCAGAUGCACUUCUGUUUAAUUUGGCUCAAGAGUUGUAACCACUAGUAGAGGUUGCAAGGUCUGAAGGAACCAAUGGUUUUCUCAUCAUCCUAUAUUCAGAUGGGACUUUAUUGCUCUCCGUAUAAAGAUCCGGUCAGGAGGCACUCAGGGCAGAGUGGCAAAGAUCUAACAUCACACUUUCAGAAUGCAAAUCUGACACUCCCGUUGACUAAAAAAGAUGGUAUUCGCGAUUGUGUCAUCUCUAAAAGAAAAUACCCCUGUACAUCUAGAUGCUUUUUUCACCCACAAGAAAGGUUCAGUGGCAUGUCUGAUCGUUAUAAGUGGCGUAACCAGUAUAAAAAUUGGAGAUCUGUUAUGGUUAGAUCUGAAAUUGCUGGUGCUGGAUCACCUAGAGCGUCCUAUCAAUUGUCAGGAUUCCAAGUGGGCUCAAAAAUCAGAGGAAUUUGCUUUUAUACUGUCACAUCCUUCAUUGCCAUGUUUCUGUUUGUACUCAUGCUGGUGGYGCAUCCUUUUGUGCUCUUAAGGGAUAAAUACCAAAGGAACUUUCAUCAUUUUGUUGCCAAAAUUUGGGCAUCCAUGACCAUUGUUCCAUUUUUUAGAUUAAAGAUUCAGGGUUCUGAGAAUCUGCCUCCAAAAGAUUCUCCAGCUGUUUAUGUGUCGAACCAUCAGAGCUUUUUAGACAUAUUUUCACUGCUCACUCUAGGAAGAAACUUCAAGUUCGUUAGCAAGACCGCAAUUUUCCUCUUCCCUGUUGUUGGCUGGGCCAUGUUCUUGAUGGGCACUAUUCCUCUGAAGCGUAUGGACAGAAAGAGCCAUUUGCAAACUCUAAAACGUUGCAUGGAACUUGUCAAGAAUGGUGGAUCUGUUUUCUUCUUUCCUGAGGGUACACGAAGUAGGGAUGGAAGUUUAGGUACCUUCAAGAAAGGUGCGUUUAGUAUUGCUGCCAAAACCGGGGUACCAGUGGUUCCAAUUACUCUUAUGGGAACUGGUAAAAUUAUGCCUGCAGGGAUGGAGCGUACAUUAAACUCGGGAAUGGUCAAAGUUGUAAUCCACCAGCCUAUUAAAGGAGAUAAUCCGGACAAACUAUGCUCCGAGGUUAGAAAUGUGAUUGCAGAUGAGCUCGUUCGUCAAGGCUAAGUAUAUAUGCAAGAAAUUUUGUUAGUUUUACAUCCCAACACCAAGUCUUUGCUGCAGUUUGAGGGAACAUAGACCAAAAGCUUUUGGUGCAGAUGCAAUAAGCCGAUGCGUUGCUUCAUCUUGAGAUUGACUGACCACGUCUAAGUGUUGUACUUAACUGGUAUAAAUGUACUAGUCUUCAUACAAAUAACAAUAUGAUAAAAUCAAGGAAAACUUUAGUUUGUUUUUGCAUCUA